AUGGCGCCGACCCUCCCAUCUUUUUGGGGGUUGGUCGAGGUCUUGACGUUUCUGACCUUUGAUUUCAUCUACGCCCGCUCAUUGAGCAGGCAUAAAAACAACCACCCCGAGCUUGAGGAGUGCGCGCCAUCAAAUUCACCGGAUUUGGACCCCGUUGGAGUGCUCGACGGCCUCACUAAGGCGGCUGAAAAACCACCCGAUCAUUUAACGGGCGGUGGGGUUUUUACUCUUUCUUUCACACGUGAUCAGGCCCCAAGUGAAGUCCUCGUGAGGGAAGGAAGAAUUGGCAAAGGCUUUUUCGGCGUUCUGCACGCCAUGGUCGUUCUUUGCGGGAUUUCGGCGCCGAUCUUAACCCUUCUCACGCUGCUUUUCCCUUUCACCUUUUCGUGGACGCUCUUUUCCUUCCCUGUGUGGGUUUCGUAUCUUGUCGUGACCCCUGGUUUGGGAGCUACCGCGCUUUACGUAACGAGGGUAAUCAUGUUGUUGGAGCUCGUGGAAGUGACCAAAACACAGUGGAUAUCGAUGAUGUGGUUUCGGCUGGAUUUUAUCUUUAUCAUGAGCGUGGUCGCCUUUAUCGGGGCAGGGGCUUGGCUGAUCACCCUUUGCAUGAUAAGUGUUGCUAUUUAUUCCGUCUAUCGUAUUAUUAAAAUUGAAAAACAUCUCAAUCAACUCCAUCGGGAUACGCAAUUAAUGAGGGGAGAGGUGGAUGUUGAUACGAUAAACAAAUCAGGAACUGUGGAAUCGAAGAAAAUAACAGAAAUUCACGAAGCACAUAGUUCUUCUUACUUAUAA